UAUAUUAAAGUUUUGACUAUUUUUCUCAUUUUAUAAAUAAAUUUAGUUUAUUUGAUCUGUGAAGGUUCAGUAGGUUAUAGAAACUAAGUUAUGUCGUACUAAUGAAGAGCUUUGGAAAACUCAACUAACUCCAUGCCGCGAAUACAGCCUGUUUAUAUAUGUACAUGUGAGGGCCAUAAAAAUAGAAUGUAUGCAAUAUGACAUCGGAUUAAUUGGUUGUUCAAUUUGCUAAACGCAUUUAUCAUUAAUUUGCAUACAAAUAUACUUUCAUAAGUAAAUACAGUACAUGUACAUGCAUGCAUGUGUGGAGAUAACAAAUUGUUAUACUUGUCGUAUGAGUAACUUUAAAUGCAGUUUUAACAUAUCAGAUGAGCCGUAGGAAUACCAAAUGCAAAGAACUCAGCGCAUUUAGUUAGAAAUAUUUUAGAAUACAGAAUAAAAACUAGUUUUAUUUAUAUACUCUUAUGUGGCAUUCAUCAUAAGAUUAUUGCUGAAGAAUUUUCCCCCUGCAGAAGCUAAUCUGAAAUAACUGAGUGUAGUUUUUUAUAGAAAUUCAUAAUUAAUACCCAUUUAAGAAGGAUAAGCUUGGCCAAGGUAAAUUUAUGCGCGAUUUUUGUAGUAUUGAUUUUCAAAAUAAAGAUUUUUUAAGAAAUAUCGUAAUUUAGUUUCUUUUCAGUACAAUUUUAUUAUAAUCUUUACAUGGGGCUGAUGAAAUUUUCCGAGUCAACUUUAAUUGCCGUUAUUGCGCCGUACUUAUGGACGUUUUCAUUAUUUGCUGUUGUAAUGCCGCCAUAUUAUAUACUUCGUGCGGUUCCAACAAAUCGCCACUGGAUUUUGUAUAUUAUUCGCAUAGUUUUCGUACUUUAUAUGCUAGCGCAAUUUGUGAUCAGCUUCUGGGUCACUUAUACCUAUAAUGUGCUGCUCAGUGGUUUUUUGAUGCGCAACUCUUUGGAUAUUAUGACUUGUGUAUUAAGUAUUGGCAUUAAUAUCGUACAGCUUGUAGUGCAAAUAACGGUAUAUGUACAAGCGUUAACCAAACACAAUUUAUUACGCGACGUCCUCAAUGAUAUUGUCCAACUAGAAUCGGAUAUACGAAAACACUUAAGGACCGAUUUUCCAUUGGCAUCUUUUCGCUGGCGUUUGGGGCUUCGUGUUGGCAUUUGGUUCGUGGUGGUUUCGACUUUUGUACCUUACCUGAGCUAUAUGCUUUACACUCAAUAUUUUAAUCCAAUUAAGCGUGGAAUUAUUGUUUUUUUCGGCACAAUAAUCCAUUUCAAAGGAGUUGAGUAUUGUAUUAGUGUACAAACGAUACAGGAGCUCUUACAACUGGUGCAGCAGCAGUUGGUACAUUUGAGACGAGAGCUGGUGCGCUGUGAAAGAGUGGAGCUGCGUUUUAGUUUAUACGAUGACUUGCAAACGAACCAGAAGCUUUUGGCACGGGUGUGGAAUCUUCUCAAUCAAAUUGAACGCUAUUUUUUCAUUCCAAUGCUUAUGCUUUUCUUCAUCAAUGGAUUCGCUAUAAUACAAGCUAUACAUUGGGCUUACAUCAAUUUUGAGCGUGAUAACUUGAAUUUGCGUUUAUAUCGCAUAAUAUACACCGUCAUGAUAAUUCUGGCUUUGCUCAUACCCUGCUAUCUAAGUCAGUGCUGCAUUGAUGAGUACAAUCGUUUCGGUACAAUUUUGCACAAGUUGAAGACCAUGGGCAUUGAUGAGCAACUCAAUAUGCGUUUACAGGAGUAUUCGCUUCAAUUGAUGCAUCAAAAGAUGCUCUUCACCUGUGGUGGCUUCUUUGACAUAAACUUGAAAAAUUUUGGAGCGAUAAGUCUAACAAUCACGACUUAUAUUGUUAUACUAAUUCAAUUUAAAUUACAAGCAGAAACUGAGAAGAAAUCGAAUAUCGGAAUUCGUUUUGAAUAAAAUGAUUAUUUUAAACAAUUGAUAACAUGUACAAAGCACUAACUUGAAAUAAAAUAAAUGCAAA